ACGUGUAACUUGAUAAGAGAAGGUUACAUGGUCGUUAAUACCUGGGGCUCCCCGGGAUUGUUCACAACAACAGAGGAAGCCGCUUCAGAUCGGACUAAAGAGAACCCAGUCGAGUUUUUUUUUUUCAUCCAGUUUGUAACCACACCAUCGGAAACUAACGUGACGCCUUCCUGUGCGAGAGGAGCUUCCUUCUUCCACCGAGAGCUAGCUUUGUCCGUCUUUGCAGUCAUAGCUGUGGUGGGUUGCUGAUAUAUAUUUAUACAAAUCCUAGUGGAAUAUGGCUCAGCAUGGACAUCAUGUAGCCAGUUCCCAAAAAGCUCUGAUGCUGGAGAUGAAAAGUCUCCAAGAUGAGCCCGUCGAAGGGUUCAAAAUAACUUUGGUGGACGAGUCGGACAUGUACAACUGGGAAGUAGCGAUAUUCGGACCCCCGAACACACACUACGAGGGUGGUUAUUUUAAGGCUCGCAUCAAGUUCCCUGUCGACUACCCGUACUCUCCACCUGCCUUCCGCUUUCUCACCAAAAUGUGGCACCCCAACAUUUAUGAAAAUGGAGAUGUAUGCAUCUCAAUCCUGCACCCACCGGUGGACGACCCACAGAGCGGGGAGUUGCCAUCAGAGAGGUGGAACCCCACGCAGAACGUCAGAACCAUCCUGCUUAGUGUGAUCUCCCUCCUAAACGAGCCCAACACCUUCUCCCCGGCCAACGUCGACGCCUCCGUCAUGUACCGCAAGUGGAGGGACAGCAAGGGCAAGGACAGAGAAUACAUCGAGAUCAUCAGGAAGCAGGUGCUGGCUACCAAAGCUGACGCGGAGCGUGAUGGGGUCAAGGUUCCUACCACUUUGGACGAGUACUGCGUUCGCACCCAAGUCCCGCCCACAGACGACGGCUCCAACCUUUUAUACGACGACUACUAUGACGAUGAGGAACUGGAAGACGAUGAUGAGGACGAUAACGAGGACUGUUGCUAUGAUGACGACGACUCGGGCACCGAAGACUCCUGACCUCACCUCCUUGUGAUAGCACCACCUCCUCGCCCCCCCACCCCCUACCAUCACACCUACUCCUCUUGUCAGGAACUGAACUUUAAUUCCCUCCCCUUUUCUGUCCUACUCACUUAGCACCGCCCCUUUGUCCACCGUCUGUCACAUGUGCGGCCACAGUAUGCACACUAGAACCUGAUGCAUUCAUGAAAAGAAAGCUACAGAGUUUUUUGUUUUUUUCUUA